UCAGUGGGAAGGGAGGGGAUUCAGAUUACAACCUUCCCGUCCUCCCCUUCCACCCCACUCGCCCCGCUGGCCGUGCCGGGGAUGGACUGAGCCCCGAGAGCCACUGGCGCCGUUUCCCCCGCGCCCCGAGACCCGAGCGGCGGCGAUGGAUGGAGGCGGCGGGCGGCAUCGCCGGUGGUCCGGCGGGCGCCGGGUGUGCUGAAGGACAGAGGUUUGGUCCUCUCCUCCUACUCUUUGUCCCCCCGCCCGCCUUCUCCCUCAUCCCGUCCGUCCUGAAUGUGAUUUAUCCCGAGCCCUCGCCAGUGAGGCAGGCCGGCAGCGCGGGGUGGCCCGAUGGCUCCUCGUGGGAGAGGCGGGCGCGGGGCCCGGGGCCAGCCUGCGGGCCGGCAGCGGGUCCCCGUGGGCAUCGCGCUGCUCCUGCCCGUGCUGGCGGCGGCGGCCGGGCUGAGCCUGCAGCCGGGCAGGAUGCGGCACCUGGGCGUCUGCCCCAACCAGCUGAACCCCAACCUGUGGGUGGACGCCCAGAGCACCUGCGAGCGGGAGUGCCAGACCGACCAGGACUGUGAAGACUUUGAGAAAUGCUGCACCAACGUGUGUGGGCUGCGGAGCUGCGUGGCCGCACGCUUUGCCGACGGCAGCGUUCCGGCGCUGGCGCUGGCGCCCGCAGCCUCCUGCGAGAGCUUCGUGUGCGCGCAGCAGGGCUCCGACUGCGACAUCUGGGACGGGCAGCCCGUCUGCAAGUGCAAGGACCGCUGCGAGAAGGAGCCCAACUUCACCUGCGCCUCCGACGGCCUCACCUACUACAACAAGUGCUACAUGGACGCCGAGGCGUGUCUGCGCGGCACCCGCCUCACCACCGUGCCCUGCAAGCACAUCUUCACCUGGCCCGACACCAGCCCCGUGCCGCAGGAGACCACGGCGCGACCCACGCCGGGCGCGGGCCCCGAGGUGCCGGUGCCCCCCGCCCUCUACACCAACCCCUUCCACCAGUCCGUGCGCGCCGGCGGCACCGUCAGCUUCCGCUGCGACGUGAGCGGGCGCCCGCAGCCCGACAUCACCUGGGAGAAGCAGAGCGAGCGGGAGGAGAACUUCAUCAUGCGGCCGGACCAGAUGUACGGUAACGUGGUGGUCACCAACAUCGGCCAGCUGGUCAUCUACAACGCCCGCCACGAGGACGCCGGCAUCUACACCUGCACGGCCCGGAACGCCGCCGGGCUGCUCCGCGCCGACUUCCCGCUGUCGGUGCUCAGGCGGGAGCCGGGGGGGACCCCGCGGACCGGCAUCCCCCAGCCCUUCCCCAGCGCCGAGUGCCUGAAGGAGCCGGACCGGCGGCGGUGCGAGGCCACGGAAGUGCGCUGGCAUUUUGACGCCAAGCAGGGCUCCUGCCUGACCUUCCGCUACGGCGGCUGCGGGGCCAACAGGAACCACUUCGAGACGUACGAGGAGUGCCGAGCCGCCUGCCUGGGCAGCGCCCGCCCCACCUGCCUCCUGCCCAUGGUGCAGGGGCCCUGCCAGAACUGGGAGCCGCGCUGGGCGUACAAUCACCUGCUGAAGCAAUGCCACUCCUUCGUCUACGGCGGCUGCGAGGGCAACACCAACAACUUUGAGAGCAAGGAGACCUGCGAGGACGUGUGCCCCUUCCCCAAGAGCCUGCAGUGCAAGGCUUGCCGCCUGAAGAGCAAGAUGGUGCUGAGCCUCUGCCGCAGCGACUUCGCCAUCGUGGGGCGGCUCAUGGAGAUCGUGGAGGACCAGGACUCCGGCAUAGCCCGCUUUGCUCUUGAGGACGUCCUCAAGGAUGAGAAGAUGGGCCUCAAGUUCUUCAAUAUCAAGUACCUGGAGGUGACCUUGACCGACAUGGACUGGAGCUGCCCCUGCCCCAACAUGACGGCAGAGGACGGGCCCCUGAUCAUCAUGGGCGAGGUGCACGAUGGAAUGGCCACGCUGGACCCCAGCAGCUACGUCCGAGCGGCCAACGACAAACGGGUGAAGAAGAUCUACGAGCUGAUGGAGAAGAAAACCUGCGACCUCCUGAACCGCUUCCAGGACUAGGGGAGAAUCAGGAUGUGCUGACGGGGGAGCUGCAGACACAGCACAGAGGGGGCAGCCUGAGGGAGUGCCUGUGUCUAGAGGUUACCACUGUCAGGUAGUUCUCCCCAACCCCAUGCUGAGCCCCAGAUCAGCUCCCACCUCCACUAUAAUUUAUCUGCUGCAUGUUUCCCGCACCGUGUGACCCCUACCUCAGCCUGUCCAAAAGCAAUAGAGAACUGUGUUGGGUUGCAGAGGG